AUGGAGCACGCGUCAAUGAACCCCGUUAAUCUCGCGUCAGACAUCCGUAUCUAUGUCAAGGCGUCUCUUGAGGAGCGGAGGCAAAAUAAAGACCUGGUGCUUGAAGGCCCUCUCUUGAACCACACCACAGAUACUCUUACUCGCCACGCUGACGGGAUUCUUCCCAAAAAUUUAGAAGAAACCUUCGUCCGGGCGUUGUCACGUAUCAUGUCUCGGCAAAAGAAGACUGUGUUGGCCCAGAACGUAUUUCGAUGGGUGGCGGUAGCGAAACGGCCCCUGACACUUGAUGAGAUCCGUGAAGCCGUCUCCAUCGGUAUUGGGCAGCCAUACUUGAAGAGUGGGCAGCUAGUUCGUGAAAUGUCGCCUAUUGUCCUGUGGUGCGAAAACCUCCUUCAAGUCACCGAAGACCAGCCCCCGUCGCUUCAGUUCGCUCACAGCACUAUCCGAGAAUUCAUAACCAAGGGAGACUUACCGACCCAGGUUUCCAAUUUUCAUAUUGAUGUGGAUAAGGCAGAUCACUUCGCUGGCGAAAUAUGUGUUACCUACCUUCACCUCAACGACUUCAAGACGGCUGUAGCCCGACGAUUACAACCACUCCGAGUAAACCCUAUUGCUAUAGCGGGUUCUGUUCUUAGCAGAGGCCCAAAGACUACGGAACUAACGUCGCGCUUCGCAGAUGUCUUCGGGCAUCGUAGAGCCAAAGCCGGUCCAGAUCUUGCUGGGACCCUCGCAAGUUACGACAGAGCUGAUGGUAUAGACAGACUUCACGAGAGCUACCCAUUCCUCAGGUACGCAGCGAAACAUUGGGUUUCUCACACUGGCAACUUUCAAAAAGAAACGUCUAGUACUUGGAACUUGUGGUAUCAAAUUAUCACGGAUGGUCACACUCUGGCGCACGUACCUUGGCAAGAACCAUUAUUUUACCGAAAGGAGGAAGCAAUUCUUUUCUGGAGUCACCAGGCGCACCAUUAUGCUCUUUUGCGCUAUGCCAAUAGUAUUCUGGGAUUACCUGAGCUUAAAAGAAUGGAGCUAAUGAGGACAUCAGCGUCUGAAGGCGAUGACGAAGCCAUUACGAUUUUUCUAGAUGCUAGGUGUUCAAUGCUCUGCAUCGACAGGGCGUUCCAGGCGGCAUCAGAAGGUGGUCAUUUCCAGGUUGUUGAGCGACUUCUUGAGGCUGGAGCUGAUGUUAAUACUGCUGCUGCUGAAUCUGGAGGACGGACAGCGCUCCAGGCGGCAUCAGAAGGUGGAUAUAUUCUGGUUGUUGAGCGACUUCUCGAGGCUGGAGCUGAUGUUAAUGCUGCUGCUGCUCGCUCUGGAGGACGGACAGCGCUCCAGGCGGCAUCAGGACGCGGUCAUAUCCAAGUUAUCGAGCGACUUCUCGAGGCUGGAGCUGAUGUUAAUGCUGCUGCUGCUGAAUCUGGAGGACGGACAGCGCUCCAGGCGGCAUCAGAAGGUGGAUAUAUUCUGGUUGUUGAGCGACUUCUCGAGGCUGGAGCUGAUGUUAAUACUGCUGCUGCUCGCUCUGGAGGACGGACAGCGCUCCAGGCGGCAUCAGGACGCGGUCAUAUCCAAGUUAUCGAGCGACUUCUCGAGGCUGGAGCCAAUGUUAAUACUGCUUCUGUUGAAUCUGGAGGACGGACAGCACUCCAGGCGGCAUCAAAUGGUGUUGAAUAG